AUGCUUAGAAUCCUAGCAUUAAUUUUAUGUUUAUCGCCAUUUACUAUUGCGCGACCAAAUUAUCAAGAAACACAAGAAACAUCAAUCGAAGAUCGGAAUGUAAUACAUGUGCCAGAUAACUGUCCUGACGGUCAAGUUCUUGUCAAUGGCGUCUGUCGCGAUAUAUGGAGGCGUUCUGAAACUAAUUUGGAUCAGCCUCGAAGCGUAAUCCAAGUUCCAGAUAACUGCAAGCCCGGCCAAGUUCUAGUUAAUGGAGUAUGUCGUGAUAUAUGGAGAUCAGCAUUCAUAUCUACUUUAGAUGAACCUCGAAGCGUAAUCCAAGUUCCAGAUAACUGCAAGCCUGGACAAGUUCUAGUUAACGGAGUAUGUCGUGAUAUAUGGAGAUCUGCAUUCAAAUCUACUUUAGAUGAACCUCGAAGCGUAAUCCAAGUUCCAGAUAACUGUAAGCCCGGCCAAGUUCUAGUUAAUGGAGUAUGCCGUGAUAUAUGGAGAUCAGCAUUCAUAUCGUAA